UCAACUCUAUUAAAUUUUCUUACAAUCUUUAAAUCUUUGUCACAUUAUAAACACCGGUACAAAUGUAUGUUACAUAGAGUUCUCCAAGAUAAAAUAUGGGUGUGAAAUAUUAUGUAAUUGAAAUAGAGUACAAAUGUAUGUUGCAGUCCGGACGAGGUAGUCCAAGUGGCAGGACGGGCCUGUGGUGGCAACCACCAUCCGGGUUCGAUUCCCUCCCCAUGCGGAAAUUACCCUGCCUCUUCUGGACACCAAAGCGGUACUGGGUUCGAUCCAGCCCAGGUAAAACCCUCCCGGGUGAAGUGGACCGCUGCCUGACCGGGUCCAGGGGAAUGACCCGCGAAGCGGGGAACCCCUGGAUUAUCAAAAAAAAAAACAAAUGUAUGUUGCAUAGAGUUCUCCAAGAUAAAAUAUGUUUAAAAAAAUAUUAUAUAGAAUAAUAAGAAAAUAAAGUAACUAUUGUAAGAGAUAAAACUAUUUCAAUGAACGGAUUUCGUUUAUAAUAUUAAUUUAAACCAUUAAAUUAGACUUUAGGCCUUUAGGGACCUCAACUAUUAAUUGGGACCUUAUACAUACGGUCUCUUUUCUUAUUAAUAGAUGAUGAUGUCUUCUCCAUGGGCCUUAACUAUUAAUUGGGCCACAUGUGGAUGAAAUGAAAUCGAACGGAACGCAAAAAAGCGACCUGAGCUCCGAUCUCCAGAUUCUGAUCGAGAUCCACCGUCUUCCUCCACCGCAAGGCUUUUGACCGCCACUACUCGCCACCUAUCCACUGUCGCAUCUCCCAAAUCCAUGACAAAGAAGAUCGACCGAAACACCGACGGCUUGCUCAAACUAAACAUGAUUAGCUUUACGAUUCCAAUUUUCUUCAGCCAUAAACUCGGUAUCAACCGUUACGGUACGGCUCCACUGUGUCUGUAGCUGCUGAUAAUCUUGCCGCUCACGCAUCUGGCUCAGCUGAGAAUAGAGCCGUAGAGAAGACAGCUUUUGAUGUGAAGCUGGAGAAGUUUGAAGCGGCGUCGAAGAUUAAGGUGAAUAAGGAGAUCAGAGCAUUUACGGAGCUGGGACUGAAAGGAGUCGGAGGCAAUGAGAAUCCAAGAGGCACGACGACCUCGGCAAUGUUUGAACAGCAGCCAGCUUUCAAAUCCGCUAGGAAAAUUCUUGAAUCCGCCAUCGGGUUGAUGCUUAACAGAGAGUGUUCUUUCAGAGAACAGAGAGAUGUAGUUGCUCAUCGCAUUCACCGAACACAUUUAUAGGCGAAGGUGCAAUCGGUUACCGUAGAUGAUGAUGAGGCUGAUUAAUUGCGAGAGAGUGGGAGGAGAGAUCGAAAUCACUUGAAUGAUUGGAGUAAUGUAGAGGAAAACAGAAACUGCAAACGUUACAAAGAAGCUGCUGGGAUUUGGUGAAUCUCGAACGGCACGGCAACUCUGUUAGCCUCCUCCCCCUAUUGAAAGAAAUCCAAAAUAAAUUCUAGUCAAAGUAUGAGGAAAAAAUUAGUGGGCCACUGAAUUUGACACUUAAAAACCGAAUCCCAUUGUAACGCGACGGAACAUUCUUUGUGAUCAAAGAGAGUGUGCCACAUGGCACAAUAUGGAAAUAUGAGAGGUGAAGGAGAAGCCUUUCUGAGCAACUUUAUUAUUAUAGAUUUAGAGAACCCCUCGUACUAAUUAAUUGGUCUGGAAGUUUAUUUCAGAAAAAUAAAGAACACUAUAUAUUUGUAACCUCAAAACGCGUUGUGUAUGAACAAAAUGUGACUGUGUUACAAAAAAAAAAAAAAAACAAAGUGUGACUUAAAGAAAUUCCCUCGAGAUGAUUUGGCAGUGCUCGAUGUAGACCACUGUUCGGUAGAUAGAGAUAUACACCAUAACAGUGGUUAACAAGAAACAAUCAUUCCAUAAGGCAACCUUCUCUUUUGUUAAGUAGGUUCCCUUUUCGGGAUAUGUAACUCUAUUUUUGGGAAUUUAUUUAUAGCUAUGGAUCAAUUUCGUCCUCCUCUUAUCAGACGAGUAGAGUGAUGAAAAGAGAGUUUGGCAGUCACGCUUGUAGACGAACACGUGUAAAGGAGAUACGCCCCCAAUUGCAGCAAACAAACUCCGUAUAUAUCAGAAUAUGUUUUACUACCCAACAAAAUAUCCUGUCUCCAGGAUCAGUAAUCAUCUGACCGGUGAGAUAAUCCAACGGUGCAGAUUGAAUCAGUGCAAACCAUUAAACUGCCUGGGCUAGAGAGAGAAAUAAACAAACAGUGGACAAAAACCUCAGAGAGGUUCGUAUAACAGAAUCGUCAUCGUUCCUCGUGUCGCCGCCUUCUCUCCUCCACGUGUCAAUAUACCCUUCUCCUCUUUUCCUGUAUAAUAUCCACCCAAUCACGAGAAGCAACGUUGUCAUCUUCCUUUUCAUUCUCUGUUUCUUUUCGUUCUCGCUGAAAAUGGAGUCCUGUUAUGAGUUCGAAUCGCUCUCUGAGUUACCGCCGCUUCCACAAGCAUACGCUCCCAUGGAGUAUCAUCCUUAUGACAUUACUCCUCUUGAAUCCUUACCUCCGUUUCCUCACUCCGAUUUCGCUCCUCACGGCGGCUUGAUCCCUUUCUCCGACACGCACCAAGACUAUCUCCAGCUCCAGAAACAACAACACUGUGUAGAAUCGAUGUUCACAGACUCGUCUCUGCCGCUCGUCACUCGCGACUACCUCACCGAGUCGACUCGGUUCGAAAACCUCUUCUCCCAUGACGUUCCGUUUCUCCACUUGCCAGAUCUCAAAUUUGUGGAAGGCGCGAGGUCGCCGCCGCCGUGUCUCUCUCUCGCUCCUCCUCCUCCUCUCCCGGUGGCUAGACACAACGUUAACCUGAGACAGCGUCACGUUGGCUCGCGAGUCAACAAAACCUUCUCUAUCUCGCCGUCUUCCUCAUCUAAAUCCAAACCUCCGGCGUCUCAGUAUGUUCACGGUACAAGGAAGGUGUCAGACAGAAUCAGAUCCUUGGAGAAAAUCAUGCCGUGGGAGAAGAAGAUGAGUUUGUCUACGACUCUCGAGGAAACGCACAAGUACAUCACCUUCCUCCAGUCUCAGAUCGCUUCUCUCCGUUGGAUGCCUCUGGAUUCCGUCUACCCAACCAAACCCCGAGAAGAGCACGUAGGAGAAACCACCAGUCUGCUCAAUUCUCUGACGAGACAACAGCUUCUCCAGGUGAUUGCCAACUCUCCGGGGUCACGAAACGUGCUCUACAAGCAAGGUGUUUGCGUCUUCUCAUAUGAACAGCUUCUCUCCGUCAAGAUGAUGGCUGAAUCGGCUAGAAACCUCUGAAAAAAGUGAAAACAACUUCCUCUGUUUUUGCUAAGUUUGUUUUUUCUUUUGCUAAAUGAUCAUAGAACGCUUUAAUGGAGUUUGAUCUUCUCUUCAUUUUUCUUAUGCUAAAAUGAUACUAAUAGAAAGCUACAUAGCGUGUUUUAA